UGACGUCCCAUACUCUUAGCAACCAGCAUGGCGACGAGGAAGCUUCUCUUUGGCCCGCGGCGGCUAUAAAAGCUUGCCCAGGCGCCGAUAUCCAUCUAAUUUCACCGAGUGGCGGCGUUAAAAUGUGCACAGCUAGCUACGAUGUCGUGUUUCGGUGUACGUGGACUCCCUCGUCACGGUUUGUGACCUAUUCUGGACAAAAUGGGAUACGCGGAAAGUAGCUUUGGCAUGGAUUCGAGAAGAAGGAGUGUGUUAUCUGGCGCUGGUUCCAGCUUUGAUAUUAGAGGACAAAACCUGAAAAUUAGCCCAUUUUUUCCAAACCCCUCCAACAGGUGGUCCCAAGCUCUAAUUAAAGCUCACAUGUCGUCUCACUACAGAAGAAUUUAUUCAGCUAAAUCUCUUAUCGACACCACCGUACCCAAAAGCCUCACGCAGAGUGUAAAGUAUACUGACCGGAUGAGGCAGGAACGUCUAAAGAAAGGGGGACGUUCCCAGUCAGCCCAGUCACUCUUGCACAGGAACAACAGAGCAUCGUGCUCUACGGCCCAGAGUCGAUGUUCUGUGCAAUCCGAAGGCCGUACCUAUCUCUGCUCUAGAAGCUCCAUGGUCUCCAGCCCCAUGUUUAGCCACUCCUUUCACGCCAAGGAUCUCCCAUCUCCGCCAUACAAAGCUUCCCCUCACGACCGUCGCCCGCACUCUGCAGUGGAACUCAAGCACCGGAGCCAGGAACCGACAACACAGCGGCAGCCGCCGUUGUGUACCCUGUCCACCCCCCCUGGGAAUCGAGGCCUAUUCAAGGCAUUCCAGGACCCUGUAAAGAAGACUUACAGUGGAGAUUUGCUCCAGAAACAUUCGACGCGUUUCACUCAAGACAAACCCUUCACGCCCAAAACACUGAAGACGGAAAAGAGCUCGUAUCUGUCCAAUUAUCGCUAUUACAGGGCACCGGGGAUUAACCCAACAGCUCAGGAGUGUGACGACUCCAUGACAUUAAAGCACCGUACCUGCACAAAAAACCAGGAGCACACAGAGGAGUUGUGUGAGCCACAUCAGGGCAAAGAGCACCAGUGGUCUGAGGAUGGCACGUAUUUAAUAACAUCAAAGCAACAAGCAAACAAAAGCCGAGAAUAUGAUUCCUUGGACUAUGCCUACAGUGUCUCACAAGAGGGUGAAAGGAAAGGGUCUCCUGUUAUGAAAAAUACAAGUGCAGAGGAUGAAGAAUUAAUGUACCUCGAGUUUAUUUCCGAUGUAACAGAAGACAUCUUGUGCAGAAGCUCCAUCUCUAACAGUGUUCUCGACCGUGUGAUACAGCGACACAUUGAUAUGAAUCUGCAUCGUCUUGAUGAAGCUAAAAUGCGCCACCUUCUGGACAUCCUGCGCAACAACCUCGACGAGCCCUCUACCUUGUCCUACAGUGAAGAACACUGGAGAAAAGACACGUCAUCCCUGCUCGAUUCCCUGCUAGGGUCUGAUCAGGUGAAAACCGAAGACAACCUCAUCUCGUGCGAGUCGCCGAGGAAACGCAGUGACUCUCCAGAAUGUCCCGAGCCUAUACUGAGCUCCACGCCGCAGUUUUCUCCUGGAAGAAGCUCUCCACUUGCAAAUGAAAGGACUGAGGAGGGUGAGGACACGGGUAGGGACGUUUCUAAUCAUGCAGAAAAGGACGGCGAUGACAACCAGAGUCAGAAAGAAGUGGAAUGGAGCAGUGUACCAGAGUUUGAAAGUCAGUCCAAAGAGCUCGAAGAUCUGGGAAGACAGUUCUCUGAGUCCUUGCAAGUCGAUAAAAACAAUGUGGACACUUCUGAUGAACAGCAUAUUAACACAGUGGCUUCGGUCAGUGACGACGAUUUCUAAAUUUUGCUGUUUAACAUAACACUAUAUUCUUUUGUUACCAGUAGUGUGUUGCUAAAGAGAGAACAAUAUAUUGUUGUGAAUAUUUUCCUUUAUCCAAGUCAAUUUAUUCUCAGAGCAUUAAAUCAAUCAAAACUGAACUGUUCAACAUAAUCGUUCAUCUUGUCUGGGCAUGUCGCCUCCAUUAGAAAAAAUACUUUGGAUCCUGCACCAGACCCUUAGAUUAGAGCCGUCCUGUCGAGGUGAACAUGAACUGAUGACGGCAAAACAUCUUCUAAGACAAGCCGGACAGUCCAGUUGUGUGAUUGGAUCAAUGCCUGAGGGAUGGCUGAUACAGGGAAUGUAUCAGUCAAUUCACCUGUUGUGUUACCUUGUUAAGAAACAGCAAGUUGUGUAAAUGUACUGAAACAUCUAACAGUUGGACAUGUGCAUUCAAAAAAUAAUAUUAAAAGUUAAAGUACCAA